AUGUCGACAUUGGUUGGACUGGCGCCGGGGCUCUCCCGGAAGUUGAAGAAAGUUCUGGAAUGCCGCACCGACUCCCCGGACGUUCUCUCUUCUCUCAACACUCUCUCCUCUUUCUACGCCGAAAAUACCCCUCAGUCGCGGCGCAAUCUCAGAUCGAGCAUCGAGAAGCGCGGCCUCUCCAUCAACGUCGACUUCCUCGAGGCGUCGCGCGCGGCGCAGCAGGCCCUGGAUCGCGUCGAGGACGAGGUCAAUGCGCUAGCCAAUUGCUGCGACAAGAUCGCCAAGGCUCUCAACAGCUGCAGCGCCACCACCGGUGACAUCAUCACCACCACCGAAAGGCUCAAGCAGGAGCUUAACGUCACCACUCAACGGCAGCAGAUCGUGUCGUGCUUCCUCCGCGAUUACCAGCUCUCCAACCAAGAGAUCAAUGCUUUGAGGGAGGAUGAACUGAGCGAGAGCUUCUUCAAGGCGCUCUCUCACGUUCAGGAGAUUCAUGCUAAUUGUAAACUGCUAUUGAGGACUCAUCACCAGCGUGCUGGUCUGGAGCUCAUGGAUAUGAUGGCUGUGUAUCAAGAGGGAGCUUACGAGCGCCUGUGCAGGUGGGUUCAGGCGGAAUGUAGGCAGCUUGGUGACUCUGAUAAUCCUCAAGUUAGUGAUCUGUUGAGAACCGCGGUUCGUUGCCUCAAGGAAAGGCCUGUGCUUUUCAAGUAUUGUGCAGAAGAGGUAGCGAAUAUGAGGCACAAUGCGUUGUUCAGGCGGUUUAUCAGUGCUCUUACACGCGGAGGACCUGGAGGAGUGCCGCGACCUAUUGAAGUUCAUGCUCAUGAUCCAUUACGAUAUGUUGGGGAUAUGCUUGGUUGGUUACAUCAGGCCUUGGCAUCUGAACGUGAACUUGUACUUGCGCUACUUGAUCCAGAUUCUAUUGCUGAUAGUCCAACCACAAACCAAAUGUCCAAGAGCCAAGAAAGUAAUUCUCAGAAGAUAGAAUCUGAUAUUACAUUUGUUCUGGAUAGAAUAUUUGAAGGAGUUUGCCGUCCAUUUAAAUUGAGAGUCGAACAAGUUUUGCAGUCUCAAUCCAGUCUCAUAAUUUCAUAUAAACUAAGUAAUACCCUGGAGUUUUACAGUUACACUAUAUCAGAUUUGCUUGGGAGCGAAACAGCUUUAUCUAAUACACUGUGGACACUGAAAGACGCUGCUCAGAAAACAUUUUUUGAUAUCUUGAAAAUCCGCGGAGAAAGGCUUUUGAGGUAUCCUCCCCUUGUUGCUGUUGACCUUUCUCCACCCCCAGCAGUAAGAGAAGGAGUUUCCGUGCUGCUUGAAUUAGUUGAGACCUAUAACAGUAUGAUGCUUCAGAAGAAGCCUCCUUUCGAUCAAGUCAUUUCUGCUUUACUAGAUCCAAUUAUUCAGAUAAGUGAACAAGCAGCAGAGGCACACAAGUCCAAGGGAGCUGGCCAUUCUUCAAGAAGAAAUAGAAUGAGUUCUGAUUCGGGUAAAUUCAGUAAGUCCUCAGUUGAUGCACUACUGUCCAGCAGUUCUACCCCAUCACCUCAGUCUAGUGAAACAUCCUCCAAAAUUUUCCUCAUCAACUGCUUGUGUGCCAUUCAACAACCAUUGUUGGGGCAUGAAGUUGCAGCAGAGUAUGUGAAGAGUCUUGGGGCAAUGAUAGACAGACACAUACACGGUCUUGUAGCAAAUGAAGUGGAUGCGAUCCUUAAAAGAUGUGGCUUGUCGAACAAAAUGUCACACUUCCGUGACUCAGCCAACAAAGAGUCUGGCAAUACUCCAUUGGUAGAGAUUGAGGACACUUCUCCAGCUGCUCUUUCUGAGAGUUUGAAGGCUUUCUUUGGACUUGUUUUGGGAAGUGAUAGCUCCCUGCCUGAAUUCGAGCAGAUGCAGGUUCCAAAGUUGCGUGCUGAAGCUUGCAUCCAAGUGGCCAAAGCAUUGGCAGAAAUAUACGACCUUACAUACGAGGCAAUUAUGGAUCCCAAGAAUGGGUACUCAGAUCCGAAGUCACUUGCAAGGCAUCCUCCGGACCAGAUAAGGACCAUUUUAGGAAUUUGAAGCACACAUUUUUCUUCUCUUCGCCUCCUCUUGCCUCUCAUUUGCCUGUUUGUUUUAUAUAAACUUGCCUUUUCAUCAUUCAACGGAUUAUCAAACACUCGCUUCCGACUAUUCUUUAGCCAAAAGGAAUGUAGGUAAAUACUUUAGGAUGGAUAUUACGGUGGUACAAGCCAUUAGUACCAAUGGAGACACUGGUGGAAUAUGUUGUAUUUUUGUGGAUAAAGAUUACUUUUCAUCAGCUUGUUUCAUGAGUUUCGUCG